AUGAGGAACCUAAUGGCCGCCAAAAUUCUGUCCUCUUUGGUCCUGCUGGCCAUGACGGCGCUCCACGUCGAGGCCGAAGGACACGCUCAUUCUUUCCAGCAUUUCCACGGACCAGUCGCCGGAGAUGACCACGAGGUCACCUGGAAGGACCAGCACGGACACCAGCAUCAGGAUUUCUCGGCCCAGCCGAGCUACGAGUUCGCCUAUGGCGUCGAGGACCAUCAUACCGGAGAUUACCAUGGCCAGAAGGAGCACCGAGAUGGUGACCGAGUGGUAGGCGAAUACACCGUCAUGGAGCCCGGAGGCAACGUCAGGAUCGUGCGUUACCACGCGGACCAUGAUGGGUUCCACGCCCAGGUGCACAACACCCGUGGAAGCGACCACCACGGAAAAGAGGAGCAAGACGACCGCUAG